CAUCCGUUCGGACCGUCAACCCAUGAAUCCCCCAGACCCUGGCGACCUUGUAAUCCAGGUAGCCUUGCCCAUCAACGUCCCGCGCGGCGACCUGAAGUGGCCAUUCUAACCUUGCCCUGUUAUUGCCUGCAAGCCAGCCCUGUCCUCUUUGAGGUGCAUUUUUUUGCCUCUCCGCCGUCCGACCGACCCUGCCACCAACCCUGGUCUGUCCGACAUCCAGCUGAGACCACCACCACCAAGUCCCUGGAUCCUACCCUCGCCGCCUGCGCCCAUAACUUACCUUACCUUCCAUCCACCUCCCUCACUCUCCCCAACAACUCCCAAAUCUGCCAUCUCGACUCUGGCUUGAUCCUUCCUCAUGGCACCCGCCUGAGCAGCCACGCUCUGCGACCGCGCCGUCCAUCGCGCCCGCAUCUGCCGGUCCCGACCGUCACCGCACGUGCUGCGCGCCCGCCGGCCGCUUGCGCUGGGCUCCGGCGGCAACGUACCGCCCCGAGUCCGUCCGCAUUUCUCAGCGUCAGCGACAAGCCUCUUGUGAAACCGCUGCCCCCUCACCGACGAUCAUGGAGCAGGUGCACGGCGUCGACGUUAGCUGGAUGACGCACGGCUCCCCUAAAGACAAGUCAAACAAGUCGGCCUCGUCUCCGCCAAAGGCUCACGCCGCCGCACAGCCGCGAGCAAUCCCGUCGGCGGCCGCGACGAAUCCACGGAAUCCGCAGGGCACAGUAGACGCUUCGAGCAAUGGCGACAAGCCCAACGGCCAACCGGAGCCGAGUCCGUCCAACACCAUUACAUCCUCGCCAGGUGGUGGAAUUGCGAGGCGGCUCUCCCGGUCCGGGUCGAUAGAAAAGCAACCCGGCCCGAAUGGCACGCCCCCUGGUUCAAGACGCAACUCGUGGUUCUCGAGCAUUUCAGCCAAAUUCUCCAGCUCCGCCAGCACGCCGCCCAGCAUAUCGCCGCAACAUUAUCAUUCGCUCCACCACCUACAGAUCAAGGAACAGCAGCAGAACCAGCAAGCGGAUGGCACCGGCCCGCAGCAGCAGAGUCAAAGCCAUCCGCCGCCCCAGUCUGCAUCCACUCCCAGUGAACCGCCUCCGCCCAAGUUGCAUCAAGCAAGGAACGCCGUCCUGCCGCAUGCCGCCAAGCCUGAUGGCAGUGGCCCCUAUACGCCCGCUCCGCCAAAGUCUAGUCAGGCCGGCAUACUGGGCGUGUUCCGGCGCCUCUCCUCGUCUGGCGGCAGCGGGCAGGCGGCAGCGAAGCUCGGCAACGGCCUCGUUGACCGCGUGACCCUCAAUGUCGAUCAGGAUCGCCAGCGAUGCCCAAUCUCGGAGCUCAAGGACGCCAAACUGCGGCGAGUGUCUUUCUGCGUGGAUGUAGAGAUUGCGCCGAUGCCGAAAUACGCCGACGGAGAUGUCGCACAACGGCCCGCCACGGACAAGACGCAGAAGAAGAAGUUCAUUGACAAGGGCGAGGGUGAGGCAUUGAAGAAUCCCAAGGUCGUCGAGGCGCAAAAGGAAGCUGGCGACGCGCCCACGCCCGCGGCCGCGAAGCCUGUUUCUGUACCUGCGCCUGCGGAGCCAUCUCCCCCUGUGCCAGCCGCGCCAAACGGCGUGCACGAAAAUGGAUCGUCGCCUCCCGACAAGGACACCACAAAAAAGAAGGAGAAGAAGAAAAAGAGCGAAGAGGAGCGCAAGGCUAGGAAAGAAAAGCGUCGCCGACUCGCCGAAGACAACGGUUCCGUUCCGAUUGAACUUCACUUCGACAGCGACGAUUCGUCCUCUGAGAACCCGAGCGGCGUCGGGACGCCCAAACCGCACACGAUGACGACGACACAUCCCACGACGAACCCGGCCAGGGUAUAUCGCCGGUGCUGCCAGCUGCGGGAAACCCCGAUUCUUAAGAAGAUUACCGAGCAACUCUCCGAUGGCGCGAAUUCGUCGCCUGCAACAGGUGUGGUGAACAAGCUGGACCUGACAGACUAUUGGCUCCAGCUACCGGACCUGAUAACCCUGGGCGACUACCUUGCCGUGGUCCCCGUCCGAGAAAUCAUCCUGGAGAAUUGCGGCCUGAGCGAUGAGGGCCUUCGUGUCAUCCUCGCAGGCCUGUUGGCCGCGAAGCAGCUUCCCACCUCGCGGCGUAAGAAGCCGACAUAUGAGCAGGAGGCGCACGCUGGUGUCGUGGAGCGAGUGGUGCUCAAGAACAACAAACUUGGGCCGGACGGGUGGAAACACAUUUCUCUAUUUCUCUACAUGAGCCGAUCGCUCAAGUACCUCGACCUCUCUCACAUCCCUUUCCCGAAGCAGUCGCCGGCGUGCUCCAACGGCACACUCCCAGACGGUCGACAGAUCCCUCGAGGCAUCGCCGAUGUCUUCUCCAAGGCCCUUGCCGAGCGACUGGGGGGCUCCACGCUGGAAAUGCUCAACAUUGGUGAGACGGAGCCUAGCAUUGACCAGCUUCGCGCCAUCAUCGAGGGUGUCACCAAGUGUGGCAUACGCAGACUCGGCCUGGCACACAACUCGAUGGAUGCGGAGGGCGUCGAGGUGGUGGCCAAGUAUCUCUCGGCCGGUAUCUGCGAGGGCCUCGACCUGGGCGGCAACGACAUCAGGGAUCAUAUGGAAACGCUUGCCGGCGCCUUGAAGGACAAAGACCCCUUGUGGGCGCUGAGUUUGGCAGGAUGCAACCUGACCCCCUCGUCACUUUGCAAGAUUAUUCCCUCGCUCGUCAGGCUUGACUGCUUCAGAUUCAUCGACCUGUCGCAUAACCAUGACCUGUUCCAAUCCACGCCCAGCGCCGUUGGCUUGCUUCGAAGGUAUCUGCCCAAGAUGGAGAGCCUCAAGCGCAUCCACCUGGAAGAUGUCAACAUGACGUCUGAGCAGGCGAUUGCAUUGGUGGAGGUGUUGCCCGAGGUCCGGACUCUGGCUCACAUCAACCUGCUGGGCAACGAGGAGCUCGGAAAGCUCGCAGACGCGACGACCGAGGAGGCGCAGGAGGAGGCGUGCGCCUUGUACGCCUCGCUGCUGGCGGCGACGAGGGUCUCACGGACCCUAAUGUGCGUGGACAUUGAAGUGCCGAGCGAUAAGGCCGGCGACAUCGUCAAGGCCAUGGCCAAGCAGGUCGUUGCUUACUGUCUGCGAAACAUGGAGCGGAUUCCCGACGCGGAGAUCAACAGCGCAGUGGCGUCGGCCAUGGCAGCAGACACUCGCAGCGACGGCGACGGCAGGGACCCGCCGUAUCCCGAUGUCCUCGCCCAUCUUGUCGGACACGACGUCAUGGAUCAGGACCUGUCCGAGGACAACGAAUCGGCGCCGGACGAAGACUACGUCAUUGGGGGCACGGGUGUGGUCAAGGCGCUGACGUGCUGCCUCAAGAACCAUGGAGACGAUUCGGGCAGGCCGUCUGGCGAGUUUGUGCGGGACGCGGAGAGCGGCGACGUGACGACACGGCCCGGGUUGGCGACGGGGGGCAAGGCGAAGGACAUGUCGAAGCAUCUGCUGGCGGGUGCACGCAAGAUCCGCAUCCGCCUGCAGCCGGCGCUCAACAAGGCCAAGUCGAUGCCAGGCGACGAGCAGACGCUGCGCAAGCUCAUGUUCCUGGACAAUACACUGCAGGGAAUCAUCAGGAGAUUCGAAGACGAGUAUCCGGACACGAGAGAGGCAGCAAAGCCGACGGCAGAGGCGACGCCAAAGAGGACGCCGAGCGAGGAGCUGUCGACUGCGCCGACGGGCGACGACUCGGCUGUGGCCGUGUCGGACGGGGAAGACGGGGAAGACGAGUCGGAGAUUCACCCGCCCAAAUCGCUGUCACGGUCCAACUCGAUGGCCAAGGUGCUCGCGGAAGAGGAGGGGCGGGUGCUCCGGGCAGGCCAUCGGUUCAGGUCAGGGCUCGUGCUGCGCCAGGAGCAGAUAGACCUUCUGAGCACCAUCGACGGCAUCUCGGAGGACCCCAAGCACGCGAGGAUGCUCGAGGGUCUGGCCGAGGACAUUGGCGGCGAGCUGCUGGAAAAGGUCAAGGAGAAGGGAGCGGUGCGGGCCUUCAAGGAGGACAAGGACGUGCUGUUCCGAAGCAUGCGGGAUAGCGACCCGACGCAUUGGGAGCUCUUCCUGGAGUCACAACAGAAGGCGCGGGCCAACAUCAAGUUGGCGUCGAACGAGAAGAACGGGGAGGUGAUUCCGCCGGCGGACGAGAGCGCCAUUGCGGACUAGGCGGGGGCGGCCCGACGACGAGGGCAUAAUGGAGGACGCAUUGCGUGUGGAGAUUUGUGUGUACGGCUACCGUAUGAGUAAGAGGAGUUGGGAGCGUCAUGAUAUCCUGGUGCCUGGCGCAGGCCUCGGGGUGCUUUGCUUUGCUCUUUUGGGUACGAGGGAUCACGAGCGGGUGGGCAAGCAUAGCUACGGACGGCACUCGCCUUCUAUCUUUGAUAUAUUCUUUCGUUUCUGUUUGCUUUGGCGGCACGCAUUCAUGGCUGCGGGCUGGUUUAUUGGGGUUCGUGUGGCCUCGACCAUGAUGGCAGGGCGUGUUUGGCGUGUUGGAUGGGAGGUCCUGGGAUCACGGACUGAGUGGGCAAGCUCCCAGGGCGGCGUCUGGUAUUGAGCUGGUCUUGCAUGGACAGAGUUGUUCUUGUGCGCAUGCGUCUGGGCAAAGGGCGCUCAGAUGAGAGCGAUAGGGCAAGGUGGCGUCUGUCGGCGCCGGCGAAUUUCACUGCUCUGCACUGCACUGCACUGCAAUGCACGUAUG